UUGGACAGAUUGCAUUCAGUUCGCAAUGGUUCGUUUUGCUGCUGUUUUGGCUCUCGUUUGUUGUAUACUGUGUGAAGUUCAUAGUUCGUCACCUCCUCUUUCGAACGAUGAGAUAAGUAAAUUGCCACCUGAUCUUCAGCUACAGUUCCUGCUACCGUCCCCUCCUGUACAUCUGCAUCAAACACGUGUAGGAUUCAAACACCGAUGGGUGGAUCAUUCAGGAAGAUGUCACACGAGCAAACCAAGUGGUUGUAGUGUAGUCAUCGAUGCUACAACAACUGUUAGUGAUCUGGCUUUGACCAAGGGAUGUACCGUUGUUGGCUUGAUGACCAGACAUAUGUCAUCAUCAAUAUUUUGUGGUUUGGGAAGAUCGCAUGGGGUCGGCAUUUUUGCUAAGUCGGAAGGUCCGGGUAUUUACCCUGAAAAUUAUAACCUGAAAGAUACACCCCAGUGUCAUAACAAAUGUGAUGGUUCAUGUAAGCAUACCUGUACAUUCGACGGACGAAAGUAUGAUUCAAUUGCUGGUCUGACCAAUUCAAGAGCUGUUGUUUUAGAAGAUAAUGUACUAUGUAACUCACAUGAUCCUUACGGUCACAAAGAAAAUAUCUUAGUUCACGAAUUUGCCCACUUAGUUGAUAAAUACAUGCCAAAAGUAGAUAGAGACAGGUUGAGAUAUGUAUAUAACUACAUAAAACAACACGGUACAUGGCAGCAUGGAUAUGGUACGGCAAAUUCUGCUGAGUAUUGGGGCGAGGCUACAUCUUCAUUCUUCCAUACAAUUAUUCGCACUGGGGCUGAUCCUGCAGUGGGAAUGAACAAUUGCAACUUCAAUCAUCUUUGUGGAACAGAGAUGGAAAAUAGAGCGUGGUUGAAAACACAUGAUAUCUGGCUGUAUAAUCUUCUUGUGAAAAUCUACACUAACAACAAUCCAACAGUACCAAGUACACUCAAAGUUUGCCAAUAAAGAUUAUAAUGAUGCAUG